AUGUGGCGGACGCGGCGUAACACGGUGGAUCGCGAAGCGCUGUCGCUAGUGGUCCAUGGCCCAGAAUUCCGUAGUGGCGAACUGCUUGUACUUAAUCCAGAUUUUUUCCCGGACGUGCGAGUGCUGGAUCUAGUUGAAGUCUCACAGCCAGAGCGGGCACACCCGCGCCUCGUGCUUUCCGUCGAGUCGCUUGCAGCUGUGCGAGGCAAACUGCAAGUGAGUGUGGCAAAGGAAAUCGCGGCCCAGUUUGGACUCGAGGCCUUCCGCCCCGUGACUGUGCGCCGCGUAGACCAGCGAGAUGUGAGUGUGGACUUUGUGGAGCUGAGCUUCAAGGAUCAAUUCCUGUCGAGAGCCGAUAUUUGGCGGUUCAAAGUCACGAUGCUUGGCCAGUGCGUCUACGUUGGGAGGACUGUCGAGUGUCUCGGUAUUCGCUCGCAAGUGGACGCCAUACUGGCCAACAAGACGCAACUCAGCUGCGGAGUCAUCGGAGACGCCACGAAGAUCGUCGUUCGUUCUCGCUCCAGUCGCCUCUUUUGGCUCGUCCAGAUGAGUACGGAGAUGUGGGAAUUUGCACCUGAUGGAGAACUUUACUACGAAAAGCUGCUGAAUCGGCUACUGCGUGUACUCAUUGCCAAGUGGAGCGGGAGCUCUGUGAGUCACUCAGUCACCAUCAUCGCCUUCUCCAGGAGCUUCUACGACGCUAGCCAAUUUCCCGACGGGUUUGACCCAAGGAAAGUGCCAUUCUCAGAACCUAGAAGACAAGGAUUUGGUCCAGGAUGCGGCGCUCCAGGCAUUAACAUGGCCAACGGAUACGGCCCCACUAUCCACGUGGAUCCCGUCUCGGGUCGCUACUAUGAGGAUUUCUACAAAGUGGUCGUCAUGAACUUCACUGGGCCAGACUGGAGCCGGUUGCUGCUAUUUCUGAAGAAAGAAUUCGCUAGUUACUACGAGACGCAUCGGUGGCGAGCACCAGAAGAAUCCUCUCCAGCUCAGUAUGAAAUCUGCCACUGCCCGCAGCCUCUCAAUUUGUACGUGAAAUGGACCAAAUUGCCUGCUGGGGUCCCGUCACGAGCCAGGGACGGGAACAUCCUGGAAGCCAUCAACGUCACCUUAAAUGUGCUGGACAAACACUACAUGGACCGAGACUUGAGUCGCACAGGACAGGGAAUUGUGAUGAUGACAGCUGGUUGCAGUAUCUUCAACGUCAACAGUAAACUCGCGGAGAUCACCGAGCAGAGAAUGAUGGACAAUGGAGUGGGCAUGGAUAUGAUUUCCUUGUCGACACCUCCGCUGCAUGUCGUUCCCUUGUUUAUUUACUCUGACCCUCCAUCCGCAGAGACGAGGGUGGCUCCUACUAACGUUGAAACGCCGAGCGUCAUGCGCAAAUUCUCUUUUAGUGAAGCUUCUGGUGCGAGUCAAGAGUCAACACCGCCGGAGGUGACGGUCCCGUCGUGUCAUGGAAUGUCAAGCUUAACUUCAACUUCUCAGCCUAAAAGUCUUGAGCGGGUGCGAGCUGGCAGUGAUGUUCUUCAGGUGGGUACAUCGGGGUCAAAACUAAUGUACGACGUUCCGCACUGGGUAAACAUCACGUUCUUAGACUUUGGCUGCGGCUGUGGAAGGGCAAACAACGUUAAGCCCCGCACAACUCCGAGCCCCAGCCUAAGUGCGCACCUGGAUUCGCAUGGAUGGCAUUCGUGUGAGUGCCAAGUGAAGCGAAGUCAGCAGCAGUUCAAUCCUUUGCCGUCUUUUCGAAUGUUCGACGUCACUUCACCCUCUGUAAGGCUCGUGUUCCCGGUGACACUGCGGAACUUGAUGCGCAGAGACGCCCACAGCACAUCCAGGCCUGGGCUUAAGAACCCCAUCGACGCCUUACCGAUCAGGAUCGCUGGAAGUCCGAACCGCCUGCUGUUCGAGACAAGUGAGCUCCCAGACUUGGCAUCGUCCGCUCCACCACCAGAACAAUUGCACUUAAGUCGCUCUCCUGACUUUGAUCCGAUUGCUGCGUCGGGUCAAUUACGCUCAGCGACGAAUUUAAGCGCCAGUCUCUACGCUCGAGCAGCACUCGAAGAGUAUGACGAGAGUGUGUUUGCACCGGUAGUGCGAGAGGGCGAGGCGAGUGCGAGGAACCCACGAGAUCGGCGAUUCGGAUUCGUUCCUAUGGAAAGUCACGACGAGCACGACAGUGCCACGAGCGCUACAAUCGCCGGCGAUGGUCAUCUCGAGUGGUUUCUCCGCAACGCAAGGAAAGAGGCAAGUCACGGCAAGAGUGGCAAGUAUCGGAAGGAGAACGGGUUUCUUCGUAGUGAAAGUGCCAGUAUGAUUCAGACGCUCGUUUCGCCGCGCAAGCUGAAGACCAAACUGCUGCAGUCUCCAGCGAUAGAUCGCACCAAGCAGCAUGAGUUCAGUAUCUCUCGUGGUGUCCCGAUAGAGUCUCGCUCUGUCCCAAAGGCAGAGGCAAACACCUCGUUCUCCCUUGAAGUUAUGCUCGGGAACUCCAUGGAGCACCAAGGCUCCUAUCACAAUGUGAACGUUGUCACUAGACCUUCGUCAACUUCUAACCGUGGUCUCUUCGGCACUCCAGGGAAGAAUCGAGAUGACAAAUUAUAUCCGCUUACACGAGCAAUGACUAUGACUAAAGAGCUGCCGUCAACGUCUGGGCGUUCACCUGUAAUUGCUUCACCUCAUGGACAAGAUGGCAAGCUGACGAGUAGUCAGCGGCGUCUGAGUAACCCUGGCUCUCCCCUUGGGGGGAUGCGUAGAAAUCAAUCGGAAUUGUUCAGGACGCCUGCAAGUCUCAGUUUUAAGGCUUCGUCAGCCACAGAUACGGCUGCCAUUACCCCCAUUGAUUAUCGCAAAGCUGCAGUCAAUCCAUUCCAGUACACGAGAGGUCAAGGCUCACAACAUCUCUCGAGCGACCGACGUCGAUGGAGUCACCUCUUUCCAAUAUCGAACCACAUUGCACAUCUCUCAUCUAGCGACAUUGUAGGAGAAGUAGCAACACUAGAUGGCGAACCUUUAUUCCUCGGUCCAAACUGGACGAGCCUCACGUCUCCAGCUAUUCUACCGCUGACAACCGAUCACUUCCCAUCCACACAGGAGCUCCGUCAAGGCUAUACUGAAGCAUUUUACACACUGACAAUUCCCACAACAGCGACGCAAUCCCCAACGAUCGAGUGUGUCCCUCGCUAUCGCAACCACGACGAGUUGUUGAUCGAAAUGAUCUGCCAGCGAUUAGCUCGUGACUUCCAACUCGUGUCAAGCUGCGACUCCACUGCGUCGCUCAUGGGAAAUGACUCGUCUCCUGAAAAUCGUCGAAGAGUUUAUCAUUUGAGUAUGGGGCAUCGAAUCCACCAGCUCAUCUACGACGCAGAGCGUCAGACUGUCGAAGUCAAGAGAUUUGUACAGCGAGAGCCGCACGACCCCGAAGUCGCGUUCACGUCGUACAACUACUCGCUCUGGGUGGGGCUCACUCAGUCAUUCCAGCCACACCAACAGAUAUUCCAUCGUUAUCCUCAACCGGAAGAUAACUGGAAUGCAUUGGACAAUUUGUUGUGUGGGUACUUGGAUGAUAUGGCAGAUACCAUGAAGUGUCGUCGAAUUCGGUUUGCGAUUGUGCCCCCAGCCACGAUGAUGGACACGAACGACGAGUCCCCUGCAGCACUUUACGCAGCAAAGUUCACCAAGUUCAAAGAGUAUCUGCAGUCUCGUGUCGCUCCGUCGGAAUUUGGAGAUGUCGAGCAUAUCGUUGUCAACAUGGUGUUGGAUCGUCCGGAAGCUACACGAGAAGCAAGUAAUCAUACGGCGCAUCUUGGAGGGAAUCGCAUGCUGAGUUUUAAGAUGGCUUGUAAGGCGUCGACGCUGUCUGUCUCGUCGUCGUCUGUCUCGAAAUUCGAGGACUCGAGAACCGAGUGGGUCAUGAUGCGACUGGAAGAAACAUUAAACAUGUCUCGAUGUUUCCACCUGGAUGUGCGAUGGUUAGCGUGCAGUGGAAUUGCAGCGGAUGAGUUUGUAGGAACUGUGCGACGUCGCGCCAAGCAGGCCGGUUUGGAUCUACGUCGAGUUCCAGAGUAUUCUCGUGUCUCUCGCGUCCAGAUUCACCCCCUGAUAGCGUCUCUAUUUCUACCGCUUCCCUUGCGGGUAUCACAUUCUUUCGUGACAGCACUCACUCACACACUUGACUUUGUGUUGGACGACGAACGAAUCGCUGACGGGAGUGGAAUAGGCUACGGACUCGGAAUCGACCAAGAGACUUCGACUAACAAACCGAGAGCCAACGUGCGUGGCCAUCGUCGCUCGCCAUCCGCCACCGCUCGACUGCUGCUAGAGCGCUGGCAACAACGUGGAUACAAACAAUUCAUCCACAGACGAGUCCCCGUGUUUGUGCGAAUCAUCCACGACGGACUCAUCUGGAUCCCAGGCUACGACUACGAUCGCAAGGGCGACGGAUCUGCUGGUAUGGAGGCCUCUAAGACGUUAUUUCAACAAGUCUGUAACACCAUCGACUCGCAAUGUCGCGAAAGCUCUGUAAAUCUAUAGAACGUCCUACUUAAGAACUCC